AUGUCGUUAAGUUCGUUGUGUGAUCAAUACGCAGAUAGCGUCCAUUACAUGCAUGCUGGUGAAAAUUCUCCAUCGGCGUCAAUAUUACAACUUUAUGACCCAUCAGUUGACUACGAAAACUCACAUAAAGUGUUUGAAAUCAGAAGAGCACCACUGUCCCGAUCUUCCAGCAUCAGCUUCAGUUCCAAUGAGAACUUAUCAACACCCUACAUGGCUAUCCGAACAUCCGAUCCUGAUGAAUCGCAGCAGCCGAACGCAAUUCAAAUUGAUGAGUCCAGCAUAAUGGAGACCGAAUCGAGAAAAUCGUGGUCACAGGCGGCUCGACAACGAGCACACACUCUGAUGCUAAUGAACACUUCUUAUUGUUGCGUUUGCAGUAUCGCGAUGUGUUAUAUGGCAACGAAAAAGAGCGUGUUGGCGGUGCAGAGUAAUGUAGAAUAG